AUGUCUGAUGUUGGGAGCUUCUAUGGUGGAUCCAUUCUGGCAAUGGCUGGGGAUGGAUGUGUAAGCAUUGUCAGUGACUAUAGAUUGGGAAAUGGACCCAUAACCACGUCUAAAUCUUUCAGAAGAGUCUUCAAAAUCACAGAUAGAAUUGUUUUGGGCUUACCCUUCUUUAUUCCUGAUGCUCAAUAUCUGCUAAAGAAGAUAGAAAAGCACGUUUCCUUAUUUAAACUGAUGGAAGGAAGAGAUAUUGAGCCAAAAGAAUGUGCAAACCUAGCGUCAGCAAUACUUUAUUCUCACAGGAGAUCUCCGCUCUACACCACAUCUGUCAUUGCCGGCAUUGAUUCCGAAAACAAGCCUUAUGUAUGUGAUAUGGAUUCACUUGGAUGUAAGACAGAGCCUGGAAACUUUGUUGCCGAAGGAACAGCCUCGACAAAUUUGAUAGGACUCUGUGAAGCGCUUUAUAGAGAAGACAUGGACGAGGAGGAUCUUUUUACCACAAGCAUUCAGGCAUUUCUAAAUGCAGUAGAUCGUAAUGCUUUGAGUGGGUGGGGUGCUGAAUGCAUUAUUUUAUCUCCUGGGAAGUGCGUCGUCAGGUCUGUAAAAGGAAGGUGUGAUUAA